AUGCAUUGGAGUCGCGUUUUUGCGUGGCUUUUCUUCACCGCGGCUUUCUGCAACAAAGACUCCGGACCAGCUCAAACCAUUGCACUCUACCUCGGUCGCAAAUUCGAGGAAGAGGCCGGGAUCCAGAGUCACCAUAUUGCGCCCAAUUGCCCGGCCCCAUGCGAGUUUAAAGACUUUAUCCAAUACGUGUCGCCCUAUAAUCCCAAGAAGAGAAAGCCCGCCUACAAGCAGCUCGACUGGUCUAAGCUAACGGAUGCGGCGCUUGUCGACAUCAAGAGCGCCAUUGGCGCUCUGCACGACAUAGGCUACACGGGAGCCGUCCUGAACGACCACGUCUUUCCCAACUGGGACAAUAGCCAACAAUUCAGCGACGUCUCGAGGCGAGUCAGGAUCAGCAUCAGCUUCUCCAAGGCGAUGCUGUUCGCCAAGGGCAAGAGCCCGGCCGGAGGCUCAUACAGCCUGCUGCUCGACUACUGGCAGGCCGCCGCUGAUUUGCGCCGCAAAAAUCAGGCCAACCACCUCGUCAAAAACUUCCCCAUGGACUUCGAAGAAAAGUUCAGAAAGCCUCUUAAGCCGGAGCUGGGAGACCCCAUCUCCCAUCCACCGGCCGCUUCCUACCAACAACUCGACUUGCCGGGAACCCUGAACAAGGCCAAGGAGAUAGAGGGCCUGGAUGCCAAAGACGUGGAAGACUUUGUAAACAACUACGUCACAAAUUACAACAGUAAAGGAAGUAAAGGGGGAGAAAAAGGAGGAAAGAGUCACCUGGACGCCAUCGAGGAGACACAGAACCUGGUCAGCUGCAAUAGAUAA